GGCGUUGGUGCGGUGGCUUAAACGCGCGCGCGUGCAUCGUUCUUAUACGUAUAGUACCGACCUUGUGCAUUCCGAUCUCUCGUACUUGUGUAUUCUUUUAACAUAGCACGCACACAAUAUAUAUGCAUAUAUAUACAAAAAGAGAGAGAGAGAGAAAGAGAGAAAGAGAGAGAGAGAAAGAAACUCCCACUCUAUGACGGUGUGCGUCGUCCGUUUGAGUCUCCCUUACUCUUUACUCCCCUCCAUAUACUAGCUAGCUUGUCUACAUCAGUGCAUGCGUGUACACAUAUACGUUGCUGCUGCUGCUGCUCUUCCGAGAUUCCGAGGAGACGAGAGACGAGACAGAGAGAAAGAGAGCAUUGCACUCAUUGGUGUACGUGUUCCUGGCUGUUUCGCCGUCUCUCUGUCCUCGACAUUGGUGAAGCUGCAUGCUGAACCUACAGCAAGAAACCGUCGUCCCUUGACCUGUUGUGCUCCCUAGGUGAACGAAAAUGUCUCUGAGGGAUUUGGUGGAAGGUGAAUGUGGAGGUCCGAGUCCCUUGAUUCGUCUUACCUCGCACUUUGUCAAGGACCAUGGCCUCAAGGAGGAAGGGGUUCGAGAGCUAUUCGGCUCACUGGGACCCUUUGAAGCUGGAGAUUCAGAUCAGUUGGUCAAACAAUUCCUCGAGGAAACACAAGCUCAUCCUACUACCUUCAAGAUGGAUAAUCUUCUGCAGGAGAUGAGAGACAUUGAUCACAGCAUACAUGCUCCUGUCACUGCACCUGGUGUUGUUCAAGAGUUGACUAGCCAAGACACUGCUUGGGCCAAUCAGUAUCUGCAGUCUGGUGGCCAUUUUCAAGAAAUACAUUCAGAUGAUAUCUGGAAUGUCCACCCAGUUGGAGAUACCAAAGUUGCCUUUCCAGGAGAGACCCGUGAGCUGGGUCUUGGUCCCCAAUGGGCAGAAGAAUAUUUGGAACAACGCAUUGAGCCUGAUGGCAAAGAAAACUCAGAAUUUGCUUACUCAAAGUUCAUGAAAUUCAUGCGACAAGAGGGUGAUUUACCAUUAGAAUCAGCUCCAGUUUCCAAUGUUCAGGAAUCUUUUGAGAAAUGGACAUCUGAAUUCACUGAAACUGAAAAUACAAAACCAGCUGAGGUUGUUACAGAUGAGAAACCCAAACAAGACGAUCCAAAUCCUUUGAGUGCUGUUGAUGAACAGAAUGCUGUUGCUGGUAACUGGAUAGACGAGUUCACAAACAAUGACAAUCAAGAUACGGAGAGUUACGAAGCAUCGUUCUGGGACCGGCUGCAGAGCGAAUGGGAAAAGGUAUCCUCAGAUACUAUCUCGACGAAUCAUGCAUGGAUCAGCGAGUACGAGGAUUUCUAUGACCCGUUCAAGGAAUACACAUUCAGCAAAGAAAAUCCCAUGUCUGAUAUGUCGAAUCCUCUUGAAGAGGGCAAAAGAAGUCUCGAAAAGGGUGACCUACCCAGUGCAGUACUGUGCUUCGAGGCAGCUGUCAAGCAGGAUCCUAAAAAUAUCGAGGCUUGGUUACUACUUGGCAAAACACAAGCGGAAAACGAACAAGAUCCGCUUGCGAUUUCAGCACUGAAACAGUGUCUCAGUCUUGAUCCGACAAAUCUCACAGCCCUCAUGGCGUUGGCAGUUUCAUAUACCAACGAGUCCUAUCAGAGUCAGGCAUGCGUCACACUCAAAGACUGGUUGAUGAAAAAUGAAAAGUACCAACACCUCAAGUCAUCGAAGUCUAUGACAAAUACACCGCCACAGUUGGGCGUCUCAACUGUUUUAUUUAGUGACGUUCACGAAGAAGUUAAGGACUUGUUUAUUCAGGCGGCUCGGAUGCAGCCGUACGGCACAAUUGACGCAGACGUCCAAUGUGGUCUCGGUGUUUUAUUUAAUUUGUCCAGCGAAUUUGAUAAAGCUGCGGAUUGCCUCAGCGCUGCAGUGCAAGCCCGACCGAAGGACCCUAUGCUGUGGAAUAGAUUAGGGGCAAUCUUGGCAAAUGGUCAACGUUCCGAAGAAGCUGUAGACGCCUAUCACCGAGCGUUGGAGCUCUCGCCAGGUUUCAUUCGUGCUAGAUACAACCUUGGCAUCUCGUGCAUUAAUUUAAAUGCCUACAAAGAAGCUGGAGAGCACUUGUUGACAGCGUUAAAUCAACAAGCUGCCGGUCAAGGUGCAUACGGAGAAAGGGCACCAAUGAGAGUAAUGUCAGACACUAUUUGGUCAACCCUUAGGUUGGUCAUUUCCUUGAUGCACAAAUAUCAUUUGACUGAUGCCGUAGAAAAUAGAGAUUUGGAAAGGCUAAAUAAGGAGUUCGAUAUGGACUAAGCUGAAUAGAGCAGAAUGAAACAUGGCAGUAACAUUGUUGAUUGAAAGGAAAUACGUAAAAAAGCAUGUGAGAUGCAUUGGUUUUGGGACGUUGACUGUUUAUCACAGACCAGUGCACAUGUUUUUUAUAACGACUCGCGUUACGUUUACUUUUUUGUUGAUGACAUCUCGUUUUCCUCUUUUUUUCCCUUUCAUUUUAACGAACAUUUUCAAAUUAAUUGCAACUAGAAUAAAUUUACAGAUAAAAUAAAAAAUAAAAAAAAUUUAAAAAGAAAAUAAAAUAAGAUAAAACUGCAAAUCGAUUUUUCUCACUUUAAAUCAAAUAAGUAAUUUAUCGAAUUCGAUUUUUUUUUCGAAGAAUUUACUAUGUAUAAUUUAUGGAAGUAUGGUGGAUCGUAAUUGACCUGAACUUUGUUAAUAAAUAUUUUUCAUAAAAAGCCAAAAGAAAAAAAAAUUGU